UCCCCGCCCGCUGGCCGCCCCCGGGCCCGGCGUCCCCCGCGAGGCCCCGGAGCCGCGGGCCAGGCGGCCGCGGACGGCGUAGACGGCGCGAGGUGGAGAUGAUCUUCAAAAUGAAGACCCUGGAAAAUGUUUGGUUCUCUGCAGGAACUACAAAAAUGGAAGGAAAGGACACUUUCAAAAGGAAACUGUUGUGAAAGUGUGUUUACAGCUAACUGAUACUGUUGGUCUUGUCUCUUAAACAAUAAAACGCUUUAAGAAGAUUGUAUUUAUGGUCAGAGGAACCUGCGGCGACCAUGCGGCCGAAGACUUUCCCCGCCACCACGUACUCGGGGAACAGCCGGCAGCGGCUGCAGGAGAUCCGGGAGGGCCUGAAGCAGCCGCCUGCGGGGCUGAGCAGUGACGCCACCCUGGACGCCAAGGUCCUAGGGGGCAAGGUCCUGGGGGGCAAGGACACCGCCCGGCAGCAGCAGAUGAGGGGUGCCCCGAAGUUCGGGCCAUAUCAAAAAGCCCUGCGGGAGAUCAGAUACUCCUUGCUCCCCUUUGCUAACGAGUCGGGCACCUCGGCUGCCACAGAAGUGAACCGACAGAUGCUGCAGGAGCUGGUGGAUGCAGGCUGUGACCAGGAGAUGGCGGGCAGGGCCCUCAAGCAGACCGGCAGCCGCAGCAUCGAGGCCGCCCUGGAGUUCAUCAGUAAGAUGGGCUACCUGGAGCCAGGCAAGGAGCAGAUCGUGCGGGUCGUCAAGCAGACCUCUCCAGGGAAGGGCCUGGCGCCAGCCCCCGGGCCGCGGAGGCCGAGCUUUGAAGCAGCGGGCGAGCCUUUCCCGCCCUUCGCGCAGGUGGCCGGGCCGGCCUUCGAGGGCCCCGCCGCCCUGGAGGAAGCACCCCGCCCGUACCCGGACUUCCUCUUUGCUGGCAUCGGGCCUCCUUGUCGUCCGCACCCGCCCAAGGGCUACACGGCCACCGGGGAGGCCGCCCGCAUGGGCCUCGCGGGCCCCGGGGGCGCGCACUACAGAGCCCCGCUGCUGGUGCCCGCGGAGCCCCUGAGCUAUGGCGUCCAGCGCAGCCCCUCCUUCCAAAGCAAGGCGGCCCCAGAGGCCGGCGCGUAUGCGGGGCUGGCCGCCAAGAGUGCGACCGUGCCGGUGCCACCCGCCGGCCUUCCCUUCCCGGCCCCCAGCGCUGCUUACGCUCCGGCCCCACACCCCAAGCCGCCGCACCAGGGACACGCGGGGGGGCCCCGAGGCGCCGCGUUCGCCGGCGACAGCGCCCCGCCGGGUCUGGCUGCCCCCGCGCGCACUGGCCUGGGCGCCGAGCGCUUCGAGCCGGGCGCGCCGCCCUGGCCGGGCGCCGGCCUGGCCCGGCGGGACUCGAUGCCCAAGCCGGGCCCCAGCCGCACUGGCUCCUUCAGCGGCGCCACGGCCCCGCCCAACGCCGUCACGGCAGUGACGGCCGCGCGUAUCCUGCACCCGGUGCGGAGCGUGCGCGUGCUGCGGCCUGAGCCCCAGACGGCUGUGGGGCCCUCGCACCCCGCUUGGGCGCCGGCGCCCCCGCCCGACGGCCCGGAGCCUGCGGACGAGCUAGCAGGGGGCGCCGAGGCGCGGGGCCGGCCCCCGCCCUAUCCGCGACACCUGCUGCGGCCACAGGCCCGCGCCGAGCCGCUAGAUGUGGACGGGCUGUGCGCCGGCCUGCAGCAGGGGCUCCGGGGCGGCCGCACCGCCGAGCCCCCCGAUGGCAGCCCCGCGAGCCCCGGGGCCACCAAGGCCGACAGGGCGGGCAGAGACCGGAAGCAGAUCCAGACAUCCCCGGUGCCCGUGCGCAGGGGCGGCCGCGACGAGGACAGGCGCGAGUCGCGCAUCAAGAGCUACUCGCCGUCGGCCUUCAAGUUCUUCAUGGAGCAGCAUGUGGAGAACGUGCUCAAGACCCACCAGCAGAAGGUGGCGCGCCGGCUGCAGCUGGAGCAGGAGAUGGCGAAGGCCGGGCUCUGUGAGGCGGAGCAGGAGCAGAUGAGGAAGAUUCUCUACCAGAAGGAGUCUAAUUACAAUAGGCUCAAGCGGGCCAAGAUGGACAAGUCCAUGUUUGUGAAGGUGAAGACCUUGGGCGUUGGCGCCUUUGGGGAGGUGUGCCUGGCCUGCAAGGUGGACACGCACGCACUGUAUGCCAUGAAGACCCUGAGAAAGAAGGACGUCCUGAACCGCAACCAGGUGGCCCACGUCAAGGCAGAGCGGGACAUCCUGGCGGAGGCGGACAACGAAUGGGUGGUCAAGCUCUACUACUCCUUCCAGGACAAGGACAGCCUGUACUUUGUGAUGGACUACAUCCCAGGUGGGGACAUGAUGAGCCUGCUCAUCCGCAUGGAGGUGUUCCCUGAGCACCUGGCACGCUUCUACAUUGCUGAGCUGACACUGGCCGUCGAGAGCGUUCACAGGAUGGGCUUCAUCCACCGGGACAUCAAGCCUGACAACAUCCUCAUAGACCUUGACGGCCACAUCAAGCUGACAGACUUCGGCCUCUGCACUGGAUUCAGGUGGACCCACAACUCCAAAUACUACCAGAAAGGGAGUCACUCCCGGCAGGACAGCAUGGAGCCUAGCGACCUCUGGGACGAUGUGUCUAACUGCCGGUGUGGAGACCGGCUCAAGACCCUGGAGCAGAGGGCGCGGAGGCAGCACCAGCGAUGUCUGGCUCACUCCCUGGUUGGGACCCCAAACUACAUUGCCCCGGAAGUGCUCCUCCGGAAAGGUUACACCCAGCUCUGCGACUGGUGGAGUGUCGGCGUGAUUCUCUUCGAGAUGCUGGUGGGGCAGCCGCCGUUCCUGGCGCCGACGCCCACGGAGACCCAGCUGAAGGUGAUUAACUGGGAGAGCACGCUGCACAUCCCUGCGCAGGUGGAGCUGAGCCCCGAGGCCCGGGACCUCAUUGCCAAGCUGUGCUGUGCAGCUGAGCACCGGUUAGGCCGCAAUGGGGCUGAUGAUCUGAAGGCCCACCCAUUCCUGGGCGCCAUCGACUUCUCCAGCGACAUCCGGAGGCAGCCGGCCCCCUACGUGCCCACCAUCAGCCACCCCAUGGACACAUCCAACUUUGACCCAGUGGAUGAGGAGGGCCCCUGGCAGGAUGGCAGUGAGGACAGCUCCAAAGCCUGGGAUGCGCUGGGCCCUGCAGGCAGCCGGCACCCUGAGCAUGCCUUUUACGAGUUCACCUUCCGGAGGUUCUUUGAUGACAACGGCCACCCGUUCCGUUGCCCCAAGCCUGCAGUGGCUGAAGCCGUGACCGAGGCUGAGCAGCCGACUUCGGUGGGUCCGGCCCUGGGGGCGCAGGCUGGGGGCUGCCAGCCUGUGUACGUGUAGACUGGUGGACGGGGAGGUCAGCCCGUCAGGUCAGUUGGCUGGUUGCCCCUCAAAGUCUAGUCUGCACCCAAAACCAAAGUGGAAAAGCUUCUGAAAGAGGACUCACCUCUGAGGUCUGCAUCUCCAGGUUCUGGUGGAGGCAGGAGGUGUCAGCGCAGCCUGGAAUUAGCUUUGAGGACCUUCACGACAUUAAAACAAUAUUUUUUAAAUCAGUACAGUAGAAAGAGCACUUAUUUUGUUUAUAGCCAUUUUUCUUAUUAAAUUAUAGGGAUUAAUUUUGACAAAUCAUGCUGCUGUUAUUUUCUACGUUUGUAUUUUAUCCACAGCACUUAACUCACAUUAGGGAAAGACAUAAGGAUUGAAGAACAUGUGAUAAGAAAUCUCUGUGCAAUAAUGUUUUAAAAAAAAAGAUAACACUGUCCUGAUGUCCUGAUGUUGCUGAUAACCAUUUUAUUCACACAACAGUUUUUGUUUUAUAUUUUUCCCACAUUUCAAAAUUGUGAUAUAUGUUAAAAGCUGCUUUUGUUGUUUUGUUCUGUUCUCUUUUUGCAUAUUAUAGCAUAAUAGGAAGUGUGAGCAGUUGAUCAUGCGGGUGUGACUUCAGACAUCAGGUAUGGAGAGAGCAUGAACAGGGUUUUUCUAUUAUUAAUAUAACGUGACCGUGUCUUGCCAUUCACAGCAGGUUCUGUGAAUAUGUUUUUACUGAGUGUCCUUGGAUGAGUCGUUCUGGACAGUGUGCUGAUGCCGCAUCGUGAGUGACUUCCUCGCUGUGACUGCACCCCCUCCUCUCUCAUUGCAGAAAUGCAUGUGUACCUGAGAGAUGUGACUGUAUGUGUCGUGGGUGUGACUGGAUUCUUUGAGGGGGCAAAGACAUUUGUCCUACACUAAACUUGUGUACAUCAAAAGGGAUUCACUUAGCUCUGCCAAAAAAGUAAGUUAGCCAUGGACCUCUGUCUGUCUCGCCAGUCAGGAUGCUGUCCUGUGGCCCAGCCGACACAGGGAGCCAGAGCCCCACCGUGCAGACCUGUGGAGGGUUCUCUCUGCAGUGCUUUUAGUGUGCUUUGAAGGAUCCAACUUAACUCGGUUUUAAAAGCACAUUUUUCUAAUCUUUGUGAAACAGCAAGGACUAUUCAAAGUGAUGUUGGAGGGGGAAAAAAAGAUAAUUAAGCCAUACAUAUUUUCUUAGGAGUAUAGAUGUAUAUAUAACUAUAUAGAUAAACACACAAAAUAUUCCUAUUUCAAAUUAGUAUGAUUCCUAUUUAAAGUGAUUUAUAUUUGAAUAAAAAGUUAAAUUUCUUUUUUGCUUUUUAAAAACCUGAUGCAUCAUAUUUUUUGUUAUAUUCACAUAUUUUUCCUUGAGGUUUUUAGCAUAAUGUAUCCAUUACUUAGUGUAUCUCUAGGCAGCAACACUCACAUGUCUAUGGAUGUCUAAACUGAAGAAGAAGAUUCCUGUGUACUGGUUUACAUGUGUAUGAGUGGCAGGUUCUGAGUCUGCUGUGCUGUGUCGUGACUGUCCGUGUUUCUCUAGUUUUGCAGUAACGCUGUGUUGUUAUUUACACUUUGACAGCCUUCAUGUGGUAGGUUCUUUCUCAGGAACUCAACUUAACUAUUAUUUAUUGAUAUAUCAUUGCCUUUGAAAAGCUUCUACUGGCACAAUUUAUUAUUAAAAGUUUGAAUCCAAA